GAAAUAUACCUCUGCUCUCAAAUCAGUCAGAGAAAGAGACAGUAAGAAGGACUUUAAAGAAGAGGCCGCUUUGAGGUCAGCCAUACAGUUAUGAAUGAUUACACAGAUAACUUAUCUUAUUUUUAUUAUGAUGAUGAUGAUGUGGAACCUUGUAACCUGACGUGGUUCAACGAACAGCAAGUGACCAUCCCAACAUUCAUCUACUCUCUGAUUUGCGCACUCGGCCUGGUGGGCAACGUUUUGGUCCUCCUAACGUACGCCUUCUACAAGAAAGCAAAAACCAUGACCGAUAUCUACCUGGUUAACGUGGCGCUGGCAGAUCUCCUCUUCGUCAUCGCCCUUCCACUGAUCAUCUACAACGAACAGCACGAUUGGAGCAUGGGCCAGUGGGCUUGUAAGUUUCUGAGAGCAGCCUACAGUAUCAACGUGUACAGCAGCACGCUCCUACUAGCCUGCAUCAGCGGCGACCGCUACAUUGCAAUCGUGCAAGCCAGACGAUCGGUUCGAAUUCGAUCGCAAGCUCAGGUGUACAGCCGUCUCAUCUGCUCGGUCAUAUGGAUGCUUGCUUUUAUCUUGUCUCUGCCUACUUUUAUAUAUUACCAGGAGGUAAACAAGGAAUGCAUCACUAACUUUGAGGAGCAUAACACCGCCAGACUCAUGAAGAUCCUUAUUCCAAGCAUGCAGAUGGUCCUCGGGUUCUUGGUGCCAUUGAUGGUCAUGAUAUUCUGCUACUCGUGCACCAUGGUGACUCUACUCAAAGCUCAAAACUUCCAGAAGCACAAGGCGAUCCGCGUGGUUCUGGCUGUGGUCUUCGUGUUCGUCCUUUGCCAUCUGCCUUACAACGUGGCGCUUCUUGUCUACACCAGUAAACUGUUCAAUGAGAGAAACUGCAAGGAAGAACAGGUGACUCUGAUGACUUUGUCCAUCAGCAGGAGUGUGGCCUACCUUCACUGUUGCUUGAAUCCCAUUCUGUACGCCUUCAUCGGGGUUAAAUUCAGGAGCCACUUUUGUCAGUUCUUCCGAGACUUGCGGUGCCUGGGGAAACGGUACAUUUCGGGACGCUCGUCUCAGCAGACCUCUGAGCUGUACAUAUCAGCAAACAAAACCGUUGUUGGACAGCACCAAGAGAACCCAUCAUCAUUUACAAUGUGA